GCUCCGGAGACGGAGUGAAGAAUGACGAAAUCACGCUUGAUCAGUCGAAAAGAGAAGCUAGAAUGAGUGGCCUCAUCAUGCCAGGAUCACAAGGGAAAGUAGCCGAAGAACAAGCGAGUGAGUGCCGAGACCUCUUAGAGGAGUCCAAAGACAGCGCGACAUAUUAUGAAUACCAAGCUAGUGCGAGAUACCGUAGUUGGCACGCUGUCUACGAAUUAUGGCAGACGCAUAUCCUCAGUCCCGCUCGGGAAUUGGAGCGACAAGUCGAAGCCCUCAAACAGCGAAGAUUUGAGCUCCUCCUCGAAGUACAGCAGCAAAAAGAAGAAGGCAGAGAAGAAGCAAAACCCUCCAGCAGCGAGGAUGGUAGUCGUGAAGAAAUACGUCGUGAAUUAGCGGGGAUUGAGGAAUAUAUCGAGAGGCAUGCGUUGCUUCGGUAUGCUCUCCGCGAUGGACCAGGGGAAGCAGAAUCUUCUAAUGUAAGCAUGGAUUAUACGAAUGAUGAGAUAGCAUAUUACAGAGACCUAUCCAGAAGGGGAUUUUUCACGGUCCGAGAGUACUUCCAAGAUAUGGAAACUUGGAUUGGGAGGUGGAACAAAGAACAGGAACUGAUUGCUAAGACAAAAAUGGUCUAUCGUGCAGAAGUUCAGCAGCGCGUGGCUCGUCCUCUAGAACUGGUGCACGGAAAAGCGACCUCCUGGAAUAUUGCACACAGGCAAAUGGAAACGAAGGGCCUGUCCAAGGGGGAGAAAAAGAAAUUGGAACUUGCCCAACGAAUCAUGCGAGAAAACACGGAAGUAAGACGUAAAAUGAAACAGUUGACGCUGAAGACACCUGAGGACAAAAAAUAGAAUUUGAUGGCAGCUGCUCUGAUCUGAAGAACGAGGACUAUUCUUAAAGACUCAGUCGAAGCUGUUCUGAAAGCUCCUCUCAUCCAAGUUACCUCCUCUAAGUAACCUAUUGGGUUAUCUGAAGAGGGGCUAGCACGAGAUAACUUUGUCCAAGGGUGGUUGCUCGGACCUGCAUGCUACAUGAUUUGGGCUAUUCCGCUAACCCCAAGUAGAUGGAACGGCUAGCCAACAGGCAAUCGGGAGUAUAAGUAAACACAUAGAGACACCUCUCGGACAACCUUUUUGGGAUUUUAUUUCCGGGUUUGAUUCUGCUACUCUCGCGCGGGUUGUUGUAUCAUAGAAGUAGAUAAACUCAACUAUGAUCAGUUUGAUCUUGUCACUAUGGGUAUUCACUCAUGGAAGUUCUAGUUCUCGGUCACUCCGGGUCUAGACGUCUGCUGGCCUAUAAUUAAGUCUAGGUUGCUGAUCUUCUGUCCUUGGAAGGGAAGAUCAAAACAAGCAAAAACAUGAGAAAACUAUCCACAACCGUUAUACCUUUUAGAAAGCUAGUGCUAGAGGCGGCACAGGAUCACCACGUACGAGGAGGCUCACGUCAAAGAUCGAUCUGCCGGUCGUGCUGGAGCUUCGCGAUCGAAAGACUGUGGCCGGGGCAGUGUCUUGUCCGUCGUAGUGGUACUAAGGGAGGGCAAUCUAGUGAUCGCAUCUGGCAUCUGAUCAGGACAAAGAGAAGGUAAGGACACGAUUGUGCGAUUAGUAGCUCCAACUGGUUGAAAAACUCCAAAAGCC